AUGAAGAAAACUGCUAGUGACGUUACAAAUCGUUCCAUUGUGGAUGAUGACGAUGAUUUUUCUAGUUCUGAUGAUGAGGAUAAUGGAAACAAAGUUUUCUUGCAAAGGAAGAUAAACACGGAUAGAUUCGAUGUUAAUCAAGACAAUAGCGAUGAUGAAGAGGAGGAGGAUGAAAAUGACAAUCAAGAAGAUGAUGAUGAAGAAAGUAACAAUAAUGAUAAUCUCGAAGAUGAUGAUUUGGUAGAUCCUAAUGAUGAUGAUGAUGAUGAUUUAUACUUUCAACUUGAGACUCAAGGAAGUAAAGGGGUAAAGCAAAGUGAUAAAUCCAUAAAUAAGAAGUUGAAAAAGCUAACACCACAUCAAUUAGAAAAGGAAGAAAAGAAGAUAAAGAAGACAGGUGUCUGUUACAUGUCUAGGAUACCUCCAUAUAUGAAACCAGCAACCUUACGUUCAAUAAUGUCAAGGUUUGGAAGAAUUGACAGAUUAUUUUUAAAACCAGAAGAUACUUCAAUUUACCACAAAAGGGUGAAAUAUGGUGGGAACAAAAAGAAGAACUUUACUGAAGGAUGGAUUGAAUUUGUGAAUAAAAAGGAUGCUAAAAUGUGUGCCUCAACUCUUAAUGGAAAUAAAUUAGGUGGAAAGAAAACUUCUUACUAUUAUGAUGAUGUGAUAAAUAUGAAGUAUCUUUCAGGAUUCAAGUGGUUUGAUUUAACUCAACAAAUAGCUAAAGAAAAUGAAAUUAGACAAGCUAGAUUGGCAUUAGAAUUGUCACAACAACAGAAAUUAAAUAAGAGUUUCGUGAACAACGUAGAGAAAUCGAAAAUGAUCUCAAAUAUUCAACGUAAACGAAAAGAAAAAGAAAUGAAGCAAGAUCCGGAAAAAUCUAAGGUAAGUAAGGAUGAAGAAAUAAGAAGAAAUUUCAAGCAAAGAAAGGUAACAAGCACAAGAGCCGAUGCUGAAACUUCUUUAAAAGAAAACAGCAAACCAAACGAUAGACUAAAUUCUGUUUUGUCAAAAGUAUUUUAA